ACACCUUAGCGACAGUUGGGGUCCUUCGUUUCACAACAACGACAUGGCGGUCCUGUGCAGAGUCAAACACCGAUGGAAGUCUGUCAGCUGCUGUCGUCUGAUGACCACACACUUCUCAACCUUCUCAGGGAAGUAUGAGUACGAUGUGGUGGUCAUUGGAGGCGGUUCAGGAGGGCUUGCCUGUUCCAAGGAAGCUGCUCAACUCGGACUCAGCGUUGCUGUUCUGGAUUAUGUGGAGCCGUCUGUUCAAGGCACCAAGUGGGGGCUCGGUGGCACGUGUGUCAAUGUCGGCUGCAUACCGAAGAAGCUCAUGCACCAGGCGGCUCUGCUUGGCACCGCAGUCAAAGACGCCAAGAAGUAUGGUUGGCAGAUCUCAGGACCAAUUUCACAUGACUGGGUUACCAUGGCGCAGGCAGUUCAGAACCACGUCAGAUCUCUGAACUGGGGUCACCGGGUGCAGCUCCAGGACAAGAAAGUGAAGUAUCUCAACAUGAAAGGGAUCCUGGUAGAUGAACACACUGUCAAAGGACUCACAAAAGCAGGGAAGGAGAUGACCCUGACUGCCGAGAACAUUGUGAUCGCUACAGGUGGACGACCCAAACUCCCAACGAAUAUCCCUGGAGCCGUGGAGCAUGGCAUCACCAGCGAUGACAUAUUCUGGCUGAAAGAAUCACCGGGAAAAACGCUUGUGGUUGGAGCGAGUUAUGUGGCUCUUGAGUGUGCAGGCUUCCUCACAGGCAUCGGCUUGGACACCACCGUGAUGGUCCGCAGCAUCGCCCUCCGGGGUUUUGAUCAGCAAAUGGCAGGAUUGGUGACAGACUACAUGGAGUCCUAUGGAACAAAGUUUGCAUGGAAGUGUGUCCCCACCAGUGUGGAAAAACUCCCAACAGGAGUCCUGCAAGUAACCUGGAGUGAUAUCCUGACAGGCAACACACACAAGGACACCUAUGAUACCGUGUUGUGGGCAAUCGGUCGAGUUCCAGAAUCUAAGGCUUUGGGUCUCGACCAGCUCCAAGUACGACUCAACAAGAAGACGGGGAAGAUAAAUGUGUGCAUUGAUGAGUCUACCACUGUGCCAUCCAUCUUUGCUCUAGGUGACAUAAGCCAGGGUCGUCCUGAACUGACCCCGACGGCCAUCAAAGCAGGGAAGCUCCUCGCUCGCAGACUCGCCGGCCGGAGCACGGCGCUCAUGAACUAUGACAAUGUAGCAACAACAGUUUUCACCCCUCUGGAGUACGGCUGUGUGGGUCUGUCGGAGGAGGAGGCGGAACUCAAGCAUGGCAAAGACAACAUCGAGGUUUUCCACGCUUUCUACAAGCCACUAGAAUUCACCGUCGCCGAGCGUGAUGCCAGCCAGUGUUACUUAAAGGUAAUAUGUGAGCGGGCUGGCGUCCAGAAAAUCCUGGGUCUGCACUUUACUGGUUUGAAUGCCGGAGAGGUGACGCAGGGCUUUGCCAUGGGCUUCCAGUGUGGGGCGACAUAUUCACACCUGUCGGAGACCGUGGGCAUCCACCCGACCUGUGCCGAGGAGCUGACCAAGGUCAACGUCACAAAACGAUCCGGAUUGGAUGCCACAGUCACCGGAUGCUGAGGUUAAGUUCCCUCGGUCUUGGAACGCUGAGCACACGAGGUAACAAGUCGGGUCCAAGUAAUCUAGGUUUAAUCCGCUCUCUCUUUUUUACUCGUCUCCUCUCCAUCAUGCUGUGCCACUCACUCAGGGUAUCACCUGUUACCCAGGUGACUAGGAAUGGGAUUUUAUUUGAUAAACGAGACAAGCGGUCACAGGUUGAUUGGCAACACUAAAUUGGCUUUAGUGUGCGAAUGUGAGUGUGAAUGUUGUCUGUCUAUCUGUGUUGGCCCUAUAUCAGCCCGAAUGCGGUUGAGAUAGGCUCCAGCACCCCCUAGAAGGGACAAGCGGUAGAAAAUGGAUGGAUGGAUGCACAUGCGUUCUGUCCAUUCAGUUUCUUAAAGUAAAAUGGUCAAUGGGUUAUACUUGUAUAGCGAUUUUCUACCUUCAAAGCUCUUUGACACUAUUUCCACGUUCACCCAUUCACACACUGAUGGCGGGAGCUGCCAUACCACGCCCUUUGAUGGAUUGAUUGAUUGAUUGAUUGAUUGAUUGAUUGAUUGAUUGAUUGAAACUUGUAUUAGUAGAUUGCACAGUACAGUACAUAUUCCGUACAGUUGACCACUAAACGGUAACACCCGAAUAAGUUUUUCAACUUUUUUAAGACGGGGUCGGGCAUCACGGUGGAAGAGGGGUUGGUUUCAUGUGCCUCACAAUACGAAGGUCCUGAGCAGUCCUGGGUUCAAUCCUGGGCUCGGGAUCUUUCUGUGUGGAGUUUGCAUGUUCUCCCCGUGACUGCGUGGGUUCCCUCCGGGUACUCCGGCUUCCUCCCACCUCCAAAGACAUGCACCUGGGGAUAGGCCCCUCCCAUGUCAAAAGACAUGCACCUGGGGAUAGGCCCCUCCCACCUCCAAAGACAUGCACCUGGGGAUAGGCCCCUCCCACCUCCAAAGACAUGAACCUGGGGAUAAGUUGAUUGGCAACACUAAAUGGUCCCUAGUGUGUGAAUGUUGUCUGUCUUUAUGUGUUAGCCCUGUAAUGAGGUGGCGACUUGUCCAGGGUGUACGCCGCCUUCCGCCCGAAUGCAGCUGAGAUAAGCUCUAGCCACCCCAAACGGAACAAGCAAUAGAAAAUGGAUUAACGGAUGGAUAAGUCGGGGUCCACGUUAGUCAAUUCGUGCUAACCACGACCCAUCAGUAGCAAGGGUGAAGUGUCUUGCUCAAGGGCACAACAGACGAGGUUGGUAGAAGGUGGGGAUCGAACAAGGAAACCUCAGGUUGCUGACGCCACGCCGUCCCUAAGUAGACCCAAGUAGACUCUAAAUUGUUUCGGUCUUUUGGAAGCAUGUGCUUACGAAUCAGAAUUUAAAGCCUGAAGUGCGCAAGAACGAACGAACAAACGAACGAAUGAACGAAUGGACGGACGAAGGAAGGAAGGAAGGAAGGAAAAUUGAUUCCUUCAAGAGAGUUCCAUAAGGAAAAAUAAAAUUCCAGCGAUGAGGUGGCGACUUGUCCAGGGUGUACCUCGCCUUCCGCCCGAAUGCGGCUGAGAUAGGCUCCAGCGACCUCAAACGGAACAAGCAGUAGAAAAUGGAUGGACGGAUGGAUAAGUCGGGGUCCACAUUAGUCAAUUAGUGGUAACCACGAGCCAUCAGUAGCAGGGGUGAAGUGUCUUGCUCAAGGGCGGAACGGAGGAGACGAGGUUGGUAGAAGGUGGGGAUCGGACAAGGAAACCUCAGGUUGCUGGCGCCACGCCGUCCCUAAGUAGACCCAAGUAGACUCUAAAUUGUUUCGGUCUUUUGGAAGAAUGUGCUUACGAAUCAGAAUUUAAAGCCUAAAGUGCGCAAGAACGAAUAAACGAACGAACGAACGAAGGAAGGAACGAAAAGUGAUUCCUUCAAGAGAGUUCCAUAAGGAAAAAUAAAAUUCCAGCGAUGAGGUGGCGACUUGUCCAGGGUGUACCUCACCUUCCGCCCGAAUGCGGCUGAGAUAGGCUCCAGCGACCUCAAACGGAACAAGCAGUAGAAAAUGGAUAGACGGAUGGAUAAGUCGGGGUCUACGUUAGUCAGUUUGUGGUAACCACGAGCCAUCAGUAGCAAGGGUGAAGUGUCUUGCUCAAGGACAGAACGGAGGAGACGAGGUUGGUAGAAGGUGGGGAUCGGACAAGGAAACCUCAGGUUGCUGGCGCCACGCCGUCCCUAAUUAAACCCAAGUAGAAUCGAAAUUGUUUUGGUCUUUUGGAAGAAUGUGCUUACGAUUUAGAAUUUAAAGCCUAAAGUGCGCAAGAACGAACGAACAAACGAACGAACAAACGAAUGAACGAAUGGACGGACGAAGGAAGGAAGGGAGGAAGGAAGGAAGGAAGGAAGGAAGGAACGAAAAUUGAUUCCUUCAAGAUAGUUCCAUAAGGAAAAAUAAAAUUCCAGCGAUGAGGUGGCGACUUGUCCAUGGUGUACCCCGCCUUCUGCCCGAAUGCAGCUGAGAUAGGCUCCAGCGACCCCAAACUGAACAAGCAGUAGAAAAUGGAUGGACGGAUGGAUAAGUCGGGGUCCACUUUAAUCAAUUCGUACUAACCACGACCCAUCAGUAGCAAGGGUGAAGUGUCUUGCUCAAGGGCACAACAGACGAGGUUGGUAGAAGGUGGGGAUCGAACAAGGACACCUCAGGUUGCUGGCGCCACGCCGUCCCUAAGUAGACCCAAGUAGACUCUAAAUUGUUUCGGUCUUUUGGAAGAAUGUGCUUACGAAUCAGAAUUUAAAGCCUAAAGUGCGCAAGAACGAACAAACGAAUGGACGGACGAAGGAAGGAAGGAAGGAAGGAACGAAAAUUGAUUCCUUCAAGAUAGUUCCAUAAGGAAAAAUAAAAUUCCAGCGAUGAGGUGGCGACUUGUCCAUGGUGUACCCCGCCUUCUGCCCGAAUGCAGCUGAGAUAGGCUCCAGCGACCUCAAACGGAACAAGCGGUAGAAAAUGGAUAGACGGAUGGAUAAGGCGGGGUCCACGUUAGUAAGUUCGUGGUAACCACGACCCAUCAGUAGCAAGGGUGAAGUGUCUUGCUCAAGGGCAGAACGGAGGAGACGAGGUUGGUAGAAGGUCGGGAUCGGACAAGGAAACCUCAGGUUGCUGACGCCACGCCGUCCCUAAGUAGACCCAAGUAGACUCUAAAUUGUUUCGGUCUUUUGGAAGAAUGUGCUCACGAAUCAGAAUUUAAAGCCUAAAGUGCGCAAGAACGAACAAACGAAUGAACGAAUGAACGAACGGACGGACGAAGGAAGGAAGGAAGGAAGGAAAAUUGAUUCCUUCAAGAGAGUUCCAUAAGGAAAAAUAAAAUUCCAGCGAUGAGGUGGCGACUUGUCCAGGGUGUACCUCGCCUUCCGCCCGAAUGCGGCUGAGAUAGGCUCCAGCGACCUCAAACGGAACAAGCAGUAGAAAAUGGAUAGACGGAUGGAUAAGUCGGGGUCCACGUUAGUCAGUUUGUGGUAACCACGAGCCAUCAGUAGCAAGGGUGAAGUGUCUUGCUCAAGGACAGAACGGAGGGGACGAGGUUGGUAGAAGGUGGGGAUCGAACAAGGACACCUCAGGUUGCUGGCGCCACGCCGUCCCUAAGUAGACCCAAGUAGACUCUAAAUUGUUUCGGUCUUUUGGAAGCAUGUGCUUACGAAUCAGAAUUUAAAGCCUGAAGUGCGCAAGAACGAACGAACAAACGAACGAAUGAACGAAUGGACGGACGAAGGAAGGAAGGAAGGAAGGAAGGAAGGAAGGAAGGAAGGAAGGAAGGAAGGAAAAUUGAUUCCUUCAAGAUAGUUCCAUAAGGAAAAAUAAAAUUCCAGCGAUGAGGUGGCGACUUGUCCAGGGUGUACGCCGCCUUCCGCCCGAAUGCAGCUGAGAUAAGCUCCAGCGACCCUAAACAAAACAAGCAAUAGAAAAUGGAUGGACGGAUGGAUAAGUCGGGGUCCACGUUAGUCAAUUCGUGGUAACCACAAGCCAUCAGUAGCAAGGGUGAAGUGUCUUGCUCAAGGGCACAACAGACGAGGUUGGUAGAAGGUGGGGAUCGAACAAGGAAACCUCAGGUUGCUGGCGCCACGCCGUCCCUAAGUAGACCCAAGUAGACUCUAAAUUGUUUCGGUCUUUUGGAAGAAUGUGCUUACGAAUCAGAAUUUAAAGCCUAAAGUGCGCAAGAACGAACGAACGAACGAACGAACGAACGAACGAACGAACGAACGAACGAACGAACGAACGAACGAACGAACGAACGAACGAACGAACGAACGAACGAACGAACGAACGAACGAACGAACGAACGAACGAA